AUGACGAUGAGAAAGGGGUCUACGACGACACUAGUUGGUGUGUGCAUAAUGGUGACGGCCAUGCUCAUCUGCAAACUGGAGCUGAGCAUGGCUCAGCAGGAGGAGUGCACCGUGGCUAAUCUGAUCCUCCCAUGCUUGUUGACGAUCCUGCCGGGGACGGCGUCGCCUGAAUGUUGCCGUAACCUGAAGCAGCAGAGCCCCCAGUGCCUUUGCAGUAUCCUUAAAAAUCCCUUGUAUCAACUGUUUGCUCCUAAUGCUAGAAAAACUAUUACGGAUUGUGGUGUGCCUGAUCCUCCCUGUUAA